AUGAACCUGGAGGACUUCUGUAUGUUCUACACCGAUCUGGACAUCUGCGCCACAAGUCCCGACUUCCUCGAUGGGAAGUCCUCUCAGUGGAAGACCACCGUCCACGAGGGCCGAUGGAAAAUUGCUCCGGAUCCACAGUUCGUACUUGACGGCGUCUCAAGGUUUGACUUUGGUCAAGGAAUACUUGGAGACUGCUGGUUUCUUGCGUCUAUCGGAUCUCUAACAUUCCAGCAAGAUAUCCUUGAAAAAGUUCUCCCCAUUGAGCAAACAUUUAAUGAAAAAUACUGCAGGAUUUUCCACUUCAGGUUCUGGAGAUUUGGGAAAUGGGUGGAUGUCGUCAUUGAUGACAAGUUACCAACAAUCAACGGGAGACUAAUCUUCGUUUACUCCAAAGACCAAAAUGAGUUCUGGCCCGCGUUGCUGGAGAAAGCCUACGCCAAAGUGUGCGGCUCCUACGCCGACAUGAUUUCCGGGACUCCUGCAGAGGCCAUGAUGGACUUCACGGGAGGAGUUCACAUGUGCAUCCAGCUGUCGGACCCCCCGGCCAACCUGUGGGAGCUGAUGUGCAGAGCGGGCCAGACCUCAUCUCUGAUGGGCUGCGGUACACCUCAAGGGGAGACAUCCGCCAACAACAUUUUGGCGAACGGAUCGGUCCAAGGCCACGCCUACACGGUCACGGGUGUGAAACAGAUUAUGAGCCGAGGGAAGCAACAGAACCUGGUGCGUCUGUGGAACCCCUGGGGCAAAGGAGAGUGGACCGGAGACUGGAGUGACGGGUCACCUCUGUGGCAAACCCUGAGCGCCAACGACCGGGACCUGUGCCUUUCAGUUGCCGACGACGGAGAGUUUUGGAUGAACCUGGAGGACUUCUGUAUGUUCUACACCGAUCUGGACAUCUGCGCCACAUGUCCCGACUUCCUCGAUGGGAAGUCCUCUCAGUGGAAGACCACCGUGCACGAGGGCCGAUGGGUCGCAGGAACGACGGCCGGCGGAUGCUUUAACAACAGAGGUACUCCUCGGACGUCUGAGCUUUAA